AUGAUGUGUCGAUGGAGUGGAUGGGGCAUUUGGUUUAACCCAGGACGUAUGAAACUCAGCGACCAAAGCGUCGCUUUCAAAAACAUAAAGACCGGCAAAGUGGAUCAGUUCGCCGCGAACAACAUCGAGAGUUGCGAAUGGAUCCGUCUGGCGAACAGGCCGGCGAUAAAAAUGAGGUUGAAGAAUGAUGGUUUGGAGAUGAACUUCCAGGAUUUUGAAAAGCUGAAAACGUUCGUGAAACAAAAUUGGAGAAAGGAACUGGACGUCAGAGAGCCAUGCGUUAAAGGGUGGAACUAUGGAACAGCGAAGUUUGUCGGAUCAAUGCUUGAGUUCGAAGUGGACGACGAGUCGUGCUUCGACAUACCUUUGGCACAUGUCAGCAAUUGCACCGCGACCAAAAACGAGGUGACGCUUGAGUUUCAUCAAAACGAUGACUGCGCCGUUUCGCUGUUGGAACUUCGAUUCCACAUACCUACUGACAACGCCAUUGACGACGAUAAAGCGGAGCAGUUUCGCAAAAACGUCAUGGAAGAAGCGGGUAUCAUUCAAGAAACAGGCAAAGCGUUGGCUCAUUUCGAUCAAAUACUCUGCGCAACACCCAGAGGUCGCUAUGACGUAAAAAUAUAUCCUUCGUUCUUGUCUCUACAUGGAAAGACAUUCGACUACAAGAUUCCCAUCGCAACGAUCCUUCGAUUGCUUCUCCUACCUCAUCAGGACGGCCGUAGGAUGUUUUUUGUGGUUCGUAAUAUUUUUUUGUUGUCUUCGUAA